CACGCGCGUUGCCACGACACUGGUUGUUGUUGUUGUCGUCGCCACAGGAGUCCGUCAGUGGCGGUGGAUGCUGUCAGCGGUCUGGAAGAUAAUCGUAGGUGUUGGGAAGUGCUAAAGGCGACCAAACGUGUUGCUGAUCUCGCGAUUUGAUUCACACUUUGACAGUUCAGUCGCACGACAGCCUGCCGAGAUAUACGUCCUGGCAGUGCAACGCUACCUGGUGGCGGGUGUGUUGGGAUUCGUAGGCUCAAGUGAGCGGCAGGAGAUUGUGGAUUGUGGAAAGAGUUGAUCCCGUUCGAAUCUCGCGCUGUGAAUCUCGACAGUUGAUUUCCCCGGAUAAUAUACAGCGUGCAUUGUGUUGGUUUCAUCAGCUCAUGUUAGCGGCAGAAGAUAGUAGUGUUUUUUUUCGGAAAUACAGCUAACUUGUGGAUCUCUCUCUGAGGUAAUCGCGAGUUGUCCCUCGCGGGCAGUGCACUGCGGUCCGUAUUUGUUGUUGGCGAGGCGUGUGUUUGCGUGGGAGUUACGCCGCGUGUGUCGCCGAACGCCGGCCGUCGACGGACGCGUGACUCACGUACUGGAGGCUCGGUGACGGAUUAUCCGUGUCCUCGGGGCUGUGGUCAGCGUCGGUGUUGAAGUUUGCCACUUGCGUGUUCAAGGAAGUGCGACUUUCAAUUCCGGGCCAGCGUGUGAAGUAUGGGUAGUGUUGAAAGGGAAAAGAGUGCUUGAGUGAAUUGUUGUCACAGAGUGUAAGAACUAUUUUCGUACUCCGCCGGGGUGUAUGUUGCAAAAAAAAGUAUCACUCGUUUGUGGCACGUGUUCGGACGAAUCGUCAUCACGAGUGCUCUCUUAUUUACGUAAAUAUUACAGGAAAAAUCAUCUUCGUGAGCUUCAGUGACUGUUGAAGCUUCCACUGUAAGAUUGAGUCGUAUUGGUAAUGUUCUCAAACCGUUUUUAACCGCCAGAAGUUCCUGUUCAAGUGGAUCAGAAGCAAGAAGACGCGUAAGAUUUCGGGCGUACUGCUAAACGUGUUCGAUCCGAAUCUGGGCUAGACGUGUGUUUCUAUUGAGCUGUUUUCUUUUCCUUCAACGCGGGACCGCGCUUGUUGUGUGCCGUAUAAUUCACUCGAGCCGCCUCCGCAGUCUCUCCGGCCUGCGUCCGUCAGCACUCUUUCCGCCUGACGACGCCGUCUCCGGUUGCUGACUCUGGCUCGCUCGCCCGCCCGCGCGGCUCGGUUCUCCCAGGAGAAGGCCCUGCGUUCAUCCCGCAGGGAAUAGCCGCCUUCGCCCGCCUGGCUGCCUGCCGGCUGGUGACGAAGUGACGCAACUACUGUCCGCCGUGAAUGAGCGCGGGCACGCGCUCGCUCCACGGAAGCACGUGGCCUGUGAGUCUCCGUCACGUGCGGUCUAUUUACAUACAUCCGUUGUUUCGACCCUUCUUUUCUUUUUUUUUUCCCGCGUGGUGUUCGGUCGAGUGUCGUUCACGCGCCAGACCAGGCGUACCUUGGCGGUUUGUGGAGCGUCGGCAGUGUGUCUAGUGUUAUUGGCCACGACGGAUGCGUGUUAGUGUUUACGCCCGUGAAGGUUAACCUCCGGUGAUAUAAGAAGUUUGUGUGCGCGUGUGGUUGUUUCGGCGAGUAGCGCCUGGGAAUCGUCGACUGCCGAGCGUUAGCGUGUGCGUGUGGAGAGGAAGUGAGCGUGAGCGUGCGGCAGGUCAGGCAUCGAUGAUCCGUGCCGCUCCUUAAAUGAAGAGCCGCCCUGGGGAGCGUUCCCGUGGGAGUGGGAGCGUGAGCGUGAGUGGGAGUGGCGGUCCGCAGCCGCCGGUAGCCGCCGUCGCCGCCGAGCGUGAACCCUCCUUGCACCCGAAUCCCGAGUGGUGGCGCUCGGUCACCGACUUGAUGACGUGCGGCCGGUUCUACUCGCCCGUCGCCUGGAUCUCUAACGGUAAGUGAUGGAGAAAGAUGAUAGAAAUUCCAGUAUCACUGUUUCAUGUGAGUACAGUUAUUGUGAUAUUAUGGAUGAGUUUUCGUGUGUAUGUGGUGUGAGGUAAAAUGUGUGUGCUCUUUACUACGAGUAUGAAGGACUAGUCU